AUGUCAAGUGAUGAGAGUGUAGAGAUGAUGCCAUGGUCAUCUGUUUCUCGUGAUUAUCGUCAUUUUUCUUCACUACCAACAUCGAAUCGUCGUCGUUUAAUUCUACCUGCUGAUGGUAAAAAGAAUAACUCUCAUGAACAACGUACAUUACGUUUAUCAAUAAAUGCUCGUGAAAGACGACGAAUGCACGAUUUAAAUGAUGCACUUGAUGAACUUAGAUCAGUGAUACCUUAUGCACAUAGUCCAUCUGUAAGAAAAUUAAGUAAAAUAGCAACACUAUUUUUAGCUAAAAAUUACAUAUUAUUACAAGCAAACGCCAUCGAUGAACUAAAGAAAUAUAUUCUUUUAUUAAAUCAACGAUCACACUUAUUCGGACCAUUGAAUUUACCACCACCAUCGCUGCCACCUCAACCACUACCAUCGUCUUCAACUCCAAAACCGUCAAACGAAACAGCAACAUCAUUCUAUGAUCUUAAUCAACUUACAGCUGCAAAUCCGUUUAUGUUUAAACUAAAUAAUCUACACAAAAACAAAAACUUUGAAUCCUUAUUACACAAAGACAAAAAGAAGUAA